AUGUCGCUUUUCAUCCUCCAGGAGACCAGCGCGGGUUACGCCCUGCUGAAGGCGAAGGACAAGAAGCUCUUCAAGCGCGAAAAGUUUCCUGAAGAUGGCUCAACUGCUGAAGGUGCAUCCAAUCUAAGUUCGAAAGUGCUGCUGCAGCUGUGGAGGAGACCACUGCCAUCUCCGAGGGCAAGGUCACCCCCCCGCCUGGCCUCGCUCUUGGAUGGAAUUAAAGAUGAGAAGAAAGCUUCGCUUGCUGUUGCGGACAGCAAACUCGGAAACUCGAUCAGCAAGCUGCCUGGCCUCUCGCUCGAAUUGAUCGCCGACUCAACCACCCAAGACGCUUUCCGUGCUAUUCGUGAAAACUUGACUACCCUGAUCCCUACUCUCGCUCCCAGUGAUAUGUCCACCAUGGCUCUCGGUCUAUCACACUCUCUUGCUCGUCACAAGCUGAAGUUCUCCCCUGACAAGAUCGACACUAUGAUUGUCCAGGCCAUUGGCCUGCUCGAUGACAUGGACAAGGAACUCAACACCUACGCCAUGCGUGUGAAGGAAUGGUAUGGCUGGCACUUCCCCGAGCUUGCCAAGAUCCUUAACGACAACAUUGCCUACGCUCGCCUCGUCCUCAAGAUGGGCAUGCGCACCAACUGGGAGACUGCUGAUCUCUCUGAGAUCCUUCCUGAGGAGAUCGAGGGGGCCGUCAAGUCUGCCGCUGAUCGGUCCAUGGGUACCGAGAUCAGCGAGAACGACCUCGAGAACAUCCAGGCUCUGGCUCAUGAAGUUGUUGCUCUGUACGAGUACCGUGCUCAGCUGUCCAGCUACCUGAGCGCCCGUAUGAACGCCAUCGCUCCUAACCUGACUGCCCUUGUCGGUGAGCUCGUCGGUGCCCGUUUGAUUUCUCACGCUGGUAGCCUCACCAGCCUUUCUAAGAGUCCCGCCUCUACCCUUCAGAUCCUUGGUGCUGAGAAGGCUCUCUUCCGUGCCCUGAAGACCAAGCACGACACCCCCAAGUACGGUUUGAUCUACCACGCCUCGCUGAUCGGCCAAGCCACCGGCCGCAACAAGGGCAAGAUGGCUCGUGUCCUCGCCGCCAAGGCAUCGCUUGGUCUCCGUAUCGACGCUCUCGCCGAAUGGGAUGCCGAUGAGGGCGAGGAAGAGAAGUCUGCUUUUGGAAACAAGUCUCGAUUCGACCUCGAGCGCAAGCUCGCUGGUAUGGAAGGCAAGCCCAUCAAGCCUAAGGGCAAGUUCGACCUCAAGGAGGCCCGCAAAUACAACCCUGACGCCGAUGCCUUGGACUCAGAAGAGCCAGCUGCCCCUACCAAGUCCAAGAAGGAUAAGAAGAAGGACAAGAAGCUUGUGGAGGAAGUCAAAGAAGACGAGGAUAUGGCCGACGCGGACUCCAGCUCAGAAUCUGAUGAAGAAUCAUCCGACGGUCAGAGUGAACUGGAGAAGCAGGCUGCCAAGGCCGGUCUCAGCGUUAAGCGUUACCAGCGCAAGCUGGAGCGCGGUGAAAUCAUUUUUGACGCAUCUGGCAACCCAACGGCCAUCAGCAAGAAGGACUUGAAGAAGGCCAAGAAGGAUGCCAAGAAGGCUGAGAAGGAGGAUGGCAAGAAGCGCAAGCGCUCCGAUGACGCUGACGAGGAGAAGAAGAAGAAGAAGAAGAAGAGCAAGGGCGAGUAA